GUUCGGGCGCCUUGGUUUGGCUCGUAGCAUUUACGACAGACCCGCCCAAGAAUUUCUAGCACGUUCGACGCACUUUUUAUUUCAUAGUUUUUUUUUUACUGCGCCAACCUAAACCUUUAAUCGUUCACCUUCACAAAUCUAUCACCAUGUCUGAUUGGGAUUCAGUUACCGUUCUCCGUAAGCGCAAUGCCGAAAAGGCCAAGGUUGCUCGCAGCCAAGCCGAAAUUAAUGCUGCGAGAAGAGCCGGCGCAGCAAUUAGCACCGAAAAAAAGAGCACUUUGACCAAUGCAAGCCAUGCUAACACUGAUCAUCGUCGUAUUGCCAAGCUUGACCGUGAAAACGAUGUUGCUCCUCCACCCAAGGUGGAUGUCUCUGUUGGCAAGGCCAUUCAGAAGGGUCGUCAGGAUAAGCAGUUGACUCAAAAGGAUUUGGCUCAAAAGAUUAACGAGAAGCCUCAAGUGGUCAACGAAUAUGAGGCUGGCAAGGCUGUUCCCAACCAGCAAGUGCUCGGAAAAAUGGAAAGAGCGCUCGGUAUCAAGCUGAGAGGCAAGAAUAUCGGUGAACCUUUGACCUUUGGAAAGAAGAAGUAAAAAUACCAUAUGUUUCACAUCCUUGUGUCGGUUGUGCUCGUUUUUUCGUUUUUGCCUUUUUGUUUAUUCCGCUGGCGAAUGUAAAAAAGAAUAAGGGGACGAGGACAAUUUGUUUUUUUUUUUAUGUGUUAUGUACUGUUUUUGUUUUUUUUUCAUAUCUGUAUGUGCAUUUUUUUUUUAAUUUGCUUAUCAAGUCCUCAUGUUGCAAUAAAACUAGACGUUUAUGGGCAUUCAAUGGAUCGGGGUUU